AUGAGUUCCUUUUCGCCCAAAGUGAAGAUUUGCGAGGAUAUUUCUCACAUAUGUUCCGCCGCGCGGAACAUCAUCCUCGCCGCGAUCGACGCGCGUGUCGACAAGUCUGCGCCCGUUGUGCUGGCACUGUCUGGAGGCUCCUCCCCGAAGCGGCUGUACGAGGAGCUCCACGAAAAGGAUCUGCCUCUGCUGCAGCAGCACGCGGUGCAGUUCAUUCUGGGCGAUGAGCGCCUCGUCGCGACAGACGACGAGCAGAGCAACUUUUCUAUGGCGACGAAAGCACUGCUGCGUGAUGUGCCAAGCAGCGAUGUCAUCGCCAUCGAGCCGAACGCCGCGCUGGCCACGUCGAAGGACGAGAAGGGUGGUAUUGACGGCGCCUGGGCUGUUGCACAGGAUUAUGAGAUGAAGCUCCUGGAUCGCCUACCCUGCACGCAAGUAAACGGUACAGAUAUGUCGGUUCCCGUCGUGGAUAUUGUGCUUCUCGGAUUCGGCGCCGAUGGCCAUACGGCCUCCAUCUUUCCGGACUCUGUGGCAGCUACGGAUGAGGACCACGUCGUCUCGGUCAGCUUUCCCAGCCCGACCAUGAAUCCCAAGGUCUGGCGUGUCACGCUCUCCAAGACGGUGAUUCAGCACGCAAAGCACGUUGUCGUGCUCGCCUGCGGCAAGGACAAAAACUGGGUCGUGCGCGGUGUGCUUGCCGAUGCGCCGGCGGGUCCUCUGCCGGUAUCACGGUUUCUGCGAGACUGCCGCGGGUCGGUUACGAUGCUUCUCGAUGCCGGCUCUGGUGAGGGCCUCUCUGCAUAG